CCCGCCGCGCGCAGGCGCGGGGCCCUCAAACCCAUCGCGGGGAUUGCGGAGCUUCCCGGCUCCUCGGCCGGAAGUUCGGCCCAGCGCCUGGAAGGGAGCGGCCGGAGCGGGGACGGACGCGGCCGGGUCCGUGCGGAUUCUUAAUUGUGAAGUAUCUUCUUUUGUGAAAAUGCACUUGAAGGAUAUGCUGUAGAAUUUCUACACUACCUGCUCCAUAAAAGUACAAAUAAUCGGUCAACAGAAAUAGGUGGCAUGCGCAGCGCAACAAGAUUGUGGGGAACUCUAGGCGGUGCUUCCUACACACGUGUCUGAGGAAAAAGACUGCAUUCCUUCCCCCAGCGGAAAUUGAUAAGUGGAAGCAGUUUGGUUUAAGAAGGGACAAAACGUCUUCCCUAUAGCUCUGAGCAAAAUCCUCCGACACCAUAUCGCAUGGGCUAACGUGAGCUUAGUUGAGGGUAAAGUCUAUCUCAUGGUGCAAUUUCCUCAACAGAAUGUUUGUUCCAAGAUCUUUGAAAGUCAAGAGGAGUUCUAAUGAUGACCUCAAAAGCUGCGAAGCUAAAAAAAGUAAGCCAGAAGCAGGAAGCCUUCAGAGGGAGGGAGACAGAGAUACCCCGGUCCACGCAUCAGUUACUAAGGAAGCUGUCACAGCAGACAAGCCGGGCAGUGCAUCAGGCACCUCCAGUCCUUCUUGCCAAUUGUCUGAGGUUUGUUCCACAGGACUUGAUCAGAGUGUGAAGGACAGCCAGCCAUCUGAAGAGCCUGUGAAGUCCUUUUCCAAAACCCAGCGGUGGCCAGAGCCUGGGGAGCCUGUCUGCGUUGUCUGUGGUCGCUAUGGAGAGUAUAUCUGUGACAAGACAGAUGAAGACGUGUGUAGCUUGGAGUGCAAAGCAAAACAUCUGCUGCAAGUUAAGGAAGAGGAAGGACUGUUAAAGCCCAACAGCCCACAGAGAGCAGCUUCCGAGCCAGAGACCCCGCUGGAUGCCUUUUAUGUCUACAAAGAGCACCCCUUUAUUGGGAGCCUCAGGGAGGACCAGAUUGAAACCCUUAGACAGCAGCUAGGAAUCUCGGUUCAAGGACAAGAAGUUGCCAGACCCAUUAUUGACUUUGAGCACUGUGGCUUCCCUGAGACCUUAAAUCAGAACUUGAAGAAAUCAGGCUAUGAAGUGCCAACUCCCAUCCAAAUGCAGAUGAUCCCUGUGGGGCUUCUGGGAAGAGACAUCCUGGCCAGCGCAGACACUGGCUCAGGGAAGACAGCUGCUUUUCUCCUACCUGUCAUUACCCAAGCUUUAUCUGAGGAUAAAACUCCGUCUGCACUCAUUCUCACACCAACAAGAGAACUGGCCAUUCAGAUAGAGAGGCAGGCCAAGGAACUGAUGAGCGGCCUGCCUCGCAUGAAGACAGUGCUUCUCGUGGGGGGCUUACCGUUACCCCCGCAGCUCCAUCGCUUACGGCAGCACGUUAAGGUUAUCAUAGCAACCCCUGGACGGCUUCUGGAUAUAAUUAAACAGAGCUCCGUGUCGCUCAGUGGCGUAAAAAUUGUCGUAGUAGACGAAGCUGACACCAUGUUGAAGAUGGGCUUUCAGCAGCAAGUGCUGGAUGUUUUGGAGCACACUCCUGGUGACUGUCAGACAGUCUUGGUUUCUGCCACGAUUCCAGAUAGAAUAGAACAGCUCGCAGACCAGCUUCUGCACAAUCCUGUGAGGAUUAUCACCGGGGACAAGAACCUGCCCUGCUCCAGUGUGCGGCAGAUCAUCUUGUGGGUGGAAGACCCAGCCAAAAAGAAGAAGUUAUUUGAAAUCCUAAAUGAUCAGAAGCUCUUUAAGCCUCCAGUGUUAGUAUUCGUGGACUGCAAACUAGGUGCAGAUCUGUUGAGCGAGGCGGUUCAGAAGAUCACGGGUCUGAACAGCACGUCCAUCCACUCAGAGAAGUCUCAAGUGGAAAGGAGGGACAUACUGAAGGGAUUACUGGAAGGAGACUAUGAGGUCGUGGUGAGCACGGGGGUCCUGGGCCGAGGCCUAGACUUGGUCAACGUCAAGCUGGUAGUGAAUUUUGAUAUGCCUUCAAGCAUGGAUGAAUAUGUUCACCAGGUUGGCAGAGUUGGGAGACUUGGUCAAAAUGGAACUGCAAUCACAUUCAUCAAUAACAACUCUAAAAGACUCUUCUGGGAUGUUGCCAAAAGAGUGAAGCCCACAGGAUCCAUUCUCCCACCACAACUAUUAAAUUCUCCUUACCUUCAUGAGCAGAAGAGAAAGGAACAGCAGAAAGACAGACAGACACAGAGCAGCCUGGUCACGGGGGCCAACCUCAUGGACAUUAUUAGGAAACACGAAAAGAGCAGUUCACAGAAAUGACCUGGUCUGCCACUUCCCACCGGCUUAUUUUGCAUUAUCAUCAAAAUUUCUAAUAAGUACUGUAUGACUGAGUCAAUAAACUUGGACGAGGAACAGAAGAAUCUUUAAGAUCUUUUUAAAUUUAAUAAAAUUUAUACAGCAAUACCGUA